CCCAACCAUCCAUUGCUGCGGGUACCGAUCUAGUACCUAGUAGAUACUGCGCAGCAGGCUCUAUCGGACCUUCGCUGGUCGCUGAUGGCCCGCAAGGGUGGAAGCUCCAAGCACCGCUCACCACCACACGCUCCAUCAUCACCGACCUGCCCCCCCCCGCGUCAUCCGUUGCAAUAGCCCCAAACGUGCGCCGGCGGCCGCAUGACACCUACAUCCACGAAAGCAGCCCAGGCACUUCAAUCUGUGCGUUUGGCAUUCGGCUUGAGCGCCUCCGACCGCGUUUGCGCGCCAUCAAGCCUCCCCCCGUCAAAUUGUCACCGGCGUUCUGCACUACACGGCCUGCACAGCACUCGCCGCUGUCCAUAACAUUUUGCGAUCGCAGACCGAGAGAUCUGCUCCAAACACCAGACACAGCUGUCGUUAUGGCUGACGUUGAAAUGAGUGACGCUGCCCCUGCUCCUGCGAAGAAGGCUGAGGGGAAGAAGAAAUUCGAAGUGAAGAAGUGGAACGCCGUUGCUCUGUGGGCAUGGGAUAUUGUAGUGGAUAACUGUGCCAUCUGCAGAAACCACAUCAUGGACCUAUGUAUCGAGUGUCAGGCAAACCAAGCCUCGGCCACGAGCGAAGAAUGUACGGUGGCUUGGGGAAUCUGCAACCACGCCUUCCACUUCCACUGCAUUUCGAGGUGGCUCAAGGCCAGGUCUGUCUGUCCGCUGGACAACAGAGACUGGGAGUUCCAGAAAUACGGCCGCUGA